AUGCUGAAGAUCGCCGACUUUGGGCUGGCUCGUCUUUACUUUCCUGAAGAGGAGUCGCGUCUGUAUUCGCCUCAAGUGUCGACGCGCUGGUAUCGUGCUCCGGAAAUACUCUGGGGCAGUCAGAAGUACAGCACUGGCGUGGACAUGUGGGCAGCAGGCUGCGUGGUGGCGGAGAUGUUGCGCGGUGUGCCCCUCUUUGCUGGCACAACAGAUAUCGAACAGUUGGCCAUCAUAAUUCGCACUUUGGGAAGUCCUCGCCUGAACCAGUGGCCAGAGUUGACUUCGCUGCCGGACUACAGCAAGAUACGAUUUCCCAACUCUGUGGGCAUACACUGGGACAACUUGUUCCCGAGCUGCACGCACGCAGUGGAGAUUAGUCUGGUCUCCAAUUUGGUCGUCUACAAUCCCAAGAACCGCCUUAGCGCCACCGAGGCUGUGGAACAUAAUUAUUUCCACUAG